AUGGCAGAACCAGCCGGGGCCCGCGUCCUCGAUGCCCUUCGCGGCGGUGAGGCGAUCCCACGCGAAGCGGAGGUCGCCCCUGGCACCCUGUGCGCUCCGAUGGGCACGACGACGUCGACGGGCAGGCGCAGUGCGCCGACGCGUGGCGCGUCGCGCAAAGCGCGCUACCAUUAUCGGAAUAGGCACGAUGAGGUCCUCACGAAUGUGUUUCAGAUGCUUGGGUACGUUGGCAAAUUCGUCCCAUGUGGCAACUUUGAACAGCCGUUCGCGAAUCACUUCUUCAAACAGUAUGACGUGGAUUGGAAAGAAGUUGCAUAA